AUGGUACAAUGCACCAAUCCAGAAGACGAAUAUGAAACUGGCGUCCAAGAAGACGAAGACAUGCUCGAUGGACAUCGGACGCUCACAAACCCCUGGGACGCAGAUGUUUCAAUGCUGAACAUAACCACAAAGACCUUUGGUACCGGAGAGCGAGGUUGGGUCGGCAGAACUGUGAAAAUCAGGCAGGUUGCUAAGCGUUGGUGUGUGUUCCGGGAGCUGGAAGAUUACACCGCAGAGUUGUUGUAA